AUGUAUCGUUAUUAUAUAAAUUGUAAUAAUUGGAAACCAACACGUGAUGAAUGGAUUUAUGCAACACGCUGUAUAAUAAAAACUGAAGUUGAACGUAUUGAUCGAUUUAUAUUUCAACGUGAUGCAAAAUUUGCUCUUGCUGGACAAUUAUUAAUACGUUAUCUUUUAUCACAAGCAUUUCAACGUAAAAGUUCAUCAUUUCAAAUACAACGUACUGAACGUGGACGUCCAUUUAUUGAAUCAACACCAAAAUUUGAUUUUAAUCUUUCACAUCAUAAUCAAUUAGUUUGUAUUGCUGGAACAUUUGAUGGACAAAUUGGUUGUGAUACAAUGGAAUAUCGAAUAAAUAGUGAAUCAAAAGAAUCUAUUGAAUCACUAACAAAUUUACUUCGAAGAGAAUUUACAAAAAAUGAAUAUGAUUUUAUAUUAAAUAAAAGUAAAGAUGAAAAAAUACGUUUUUGUAAUUUUCAUCGUUUAUGGUGUUUAAAAGAAAGUUAUGUUAAAUGGUUAGGUUAUGGUAUUGGUUUUACAUUAUCAAGAUUAAAUUUUUGUAUUGAAACAGAUAAUUUUGAUGAAAAUCAUCCUCAACAAGUUAUAUCUAAUACAAAAUUAGAAUUAGAUAAUAAAUUAAUUGAUGAAAAACUUCGUUUUGAUGAACAAAUUAUUUAUUUACAAGAUAAUGAACAACAAAUUAUAACAUUAUGUUUAUCAAAUAAAAAUACUUGUCAACCAUUUAUUGAAUUAACUAUUGAUGAUAUACUUAAAGGUUGUACACCAUUAGAUGAAAAUGAACAUGAUGAAGAAAAAUGGUGGAAUAAUUUUCAACAAAAAAGAUUAAAAUAA